AUGCUAACCAGUUCUGUGCAGGCACUAACAAGCAGGUUUGAUAAGUUUCAAGCUGGAUCCUCUACUACCCCACAGGAGUUGUGUCAAUUGUGUAAUGUGCAGGGUCAUAUUGCACCAGAUUGCCCGCAAAUUUCGCAAAAUACAGAGGAGAUGUCAAUCGAGCAUGCCAAUGCUUUCUACUCCUCUAACCCCAAAAGGCCCUAUGACCCAUUUUCCAACACCUAUAAUGAAGGAUGGAAACACCAUCCUAAUUUUUCAUACAAGAAUACCCAAGCACAGCAAAAUCCACCUCAACCCAACAACUAUAACCAACCACCACCUGGCUUCCAACCAAGACCACCCAGCACCCAACAACCAAUGCAACCACAACCUCAGAAAUCUAGCCUUGAGGUGACGUUAGAGAGCUUUAUAACCGCAACAAAUAGUGCCAUCCAACACCAAAAUAGCUCUAUACAACAGUUACAAGCCCAAAGUAAACUCAUGGAAAACCAGAUAAGCCAACUUGCUAAUCAAGUUAGCCAAUCUUUAAAGAUUCUAGGAACUUUUCCGGGCCAGACAGAACAACCUCAAAAAGGCCAAAUGAAUGUUGUUACCCUGAGGAGUGGAAAGUUAGCCCAAGCUAAACUUGAGAAAAAGUUUAGUAAGUUUCUUGAUAUUCUUAAAAAGCUUCAUAUUAAUAUUCCAUUUUUAGAUGCCAUAUCUGAGAUGCCUUCUUAUGCAAAAUUCUUAAAAGAUAUGCUAUCUAACAAGAAAAAGUUAGAAGAGAAUACUACAGUUGCUUUGAAUGCAGAGUGCAGUGCUAUUUUGCAGAACACUCUCCCUAAGAAAUUAGGAGAUCCAGGUAGCUAUUCGAUUCCAGUGAAGCUUGGAGAUAUCGAAAUUAACAGGGCAUUGUGUGAUCUAGGUGCAAGUGUAAGCCUCAUGCCACUGUCCAUAUGCAAGAAGCUGCAAAUGGGUGAGCUCAAACCUACACGCAUAUCCCUGCAACUUACAGACAGGUCAGUGAAGUUUCCUUUGGGUGUACUUGAGGAUGUACCUCUUCGCGUAGGUACGUUUUUCAUACCCUGUGAUUUUGUUGUGAUGGAGAUGGAUGAAGAUGUGAAUGUUCCAAUUAUACUUGGUAGACCUUUCUUAGCUACUGCAGGUGCAAUUAUUGAUAUGAAAAAAGGUAAGAUUACUUUUGAAGUAGGUGAUGAGAAAUUGGAAUACUCACUUUUGAAUGUUAUGGGUGCUCCUUCUAUGGGAGACACUGUUUGUCAGGUUGAUGUGCUCGAUGAGCUGCAGAAUGAGCAACUUCCCUUGAAUCAGAAUGAUGAUGCUCUUGAACAAGUGCUAUUAGGGAAGGAAGAUGAUGAUGGAAAUUGGGAGUCAAGAGAGUAUGUCAGGCUGCUUGAAGAAGCAAAGGCCGAUCUGAACAUGAAUCCAAUCAGAGAGACAUUGAGUGUAAUGAGUAUUGGGGAGAGUUCUAAUCCUCCCGAGUUAGUGUUGAAACCCCUCCCCUCUAACUUAAAGUAUGCAUAUCUUGGUCCAAACAAUUCAUAUCCUGUUAUUGUUAAUGCUGCACUCAAGGACACAGAAUUAGAGCAAUUGCUCAAUGUUCUGAAAACAUAUAAAAGUGUUAUUGGGAUGCCAUUUGGACUAUAUAAUGCCCCUGCCACUUUUCAGAGAUGUAUGAUGGCAAUUUUCUCAGGACUCAUAGAAAACUCUAUGGAAGUCUUUAUGGAUGACUUCUCCGUCUAUGGAACAACCUUCGAUGUAUGCCUUGCAAAUUUGAAGAAGGUGCUCCAAAGAUGUAAAGAGGUCAAUUUAAUCUUAAACUGGGAAAAAUGCCAUUUUAUGGUACAACAAGGUAUUGUUUUAGGCCAUGUUGUAUCCAAUAAGGGUAUUGAAGUAGACAGAGCUAAAAUAGAGGUCAUAGAGCGCUUACCACCACCAAACUCUGUAAAAGGAGUUCGAAGUUUCCUUGGACAUGCAGCUUUUAACAGGUUAAAGGAACCCUUGAUAUCUGCUCCUGUCAUGCAACCCCCAGAUUGGAGUCUGCCGUUCGAAAUCAUGUGCGAUGCUAGUGAUUAUGCGGUAGGAGCUGUGUUGGGGCAAAGGAAGGAGAAGAAGCUUCAUGCAAUAUACUAUGCUAGCAAAACUUUGAGUUCUGCUCAAAUGAAUUAUGCCACGACAGAAAAAGAAAUGCUAGCAUUAAUAUAUGCAAUUGACAAGUUUCACUCUUAUUUGGUAGGUUCUAAGGUCAUCAUUCAUACAGAUCAUGCAGCAUUGAGAUACUUGAUGACCAAAACCCAUGCCAAGCCUAGGUUGAUUCGAUGGAUUCUUCAACUACAGGAUUAUGACAUCGAAAUCAAGGAUACCAGGAACGGAGAAUGUACAAUGCCUCAUGGCUACUCCUCUCAACAGAGGAAGAAAUUCCUUUCUGAGGCAAGGAGAUAUUUCUGGGAUGAUCCAUUCUUGUACAAACAAUGCGCAGAUUAUAUGAUUCGAAGAUGCAUUCCAGAAAUUGAGGAUACAUAUGCCUAUGUCACGGCUUGCGAUAGAUGUCAACGGACGGGCACAAUUUCUAAGAAGAACGAGAUGUCACUUAAAAACAUACUCGAGGUUGAGUUGUUUGAUGUGUGGGGGAUAGAUUUCAUGGGUCCGUUUCCCUCUUCCUAUGGCAACAUUUAUAUCUUGCUAGCCGUUGAUUAUGUCUCAAAGUGGGUGGAAGCAAUUGCUACUCCAACCAACGAUGCUCGUGUGGUAAGUAAGUUUUUCAAGAAAGUUAUUUUCCCUCGUUUUGGUUUACCACGUGUGUUGAUUAGUGACAGGGGAACACAUUUUCUGGAGCAUCGAUUUGUUGCGAUGUUGAAGAAAUAUGGAGUGCAACAUAAGCUUGGAAUUGGCUACCACCCACAGACUAGUGGCCAAGUUGAAGUGUCAAAUCGAGAGAUCAAGUCCAUCAUCGAAAAAAUUGUUGCACGAACAAGAAAGGACUGGUUUGUCAAGCUAGAUGAUGCACUUUGGGAGUACCGAACAGCCUUCAAAACGCCAAUCGGAACAACCCCAUAUAGGCUUGUCUAUGGAAAACCGUGCCAUCUUCCCGUCGAGCUAGAACACCGAGCAUUCUGGGCCAUAAAAAGCUUGAAUUUUGAUGCCAAAGCAGCGGGAGAGAAUAGAUUGUUACAACUUAAUGAAUUAGAUGAGCUUCGUCUCGAAGCCUAUGAGAGUUCGAGGUUGUAUAAAGAGAAAAAAAAAAGGUGGCAUGACAAAAACCAUGUGAGAAGAGAGUUCAAAGAAGGGGAUCAAGUCCUUCUUUUCAACUCUAGGUUGAAAUUAUUCCCAGGUAAGCUUCGGUCUAGGUGGUCAGGGCCAUUCAAGAUCAGAAAAGUUUUCCCCUACGACACUAUUGAGUUGGAGAACACAAGAGGGGAACCCUUCAAGGUCAAUGGACAGAGAGUGAAGCAAUACCGAGUCGGUGAUCCCAUCGAUGAGGGGGUGGACAUCACACUCUCAUCCCCAUCACAAGGCUCUUGA